AUGAGACCCCAACCACUCUGGCAAACGUUCCGAUCAUUACAGAGCGCAUACUCUCGCUCCUCUCUACAAGCUGGCCUGGGUCGCCGAGCCUUUCGGACAGCCACAUCCUCAUCACAAAUUCCAGACUUCGCAUUUGCAUUUGAUAUCGAUGGUGUCCUCCUCCGUUCAUCCAAACCCAUCCCCGGCGCUGCGGAAUCGUUAAGACUUCUGAAGGAUCAAGGAAUUCCAUUCAUUCUUUUGACAAAUGGCGGUGGAAAACAUGAAACAGAAAGAGUCGCCGAGAUCAGUGAGAAGCUUAAGGUGCCAUUGGACCCCACUGUGAUCAUCCAGAGCCAUUCUCCGUUCGCCGAACUUGUAAAGGGACCCAACGAACAAAGCUCGCUAGAGAACAAGUGUGUGCUGGUCGUUGGUGGCGAGGGUAAUCGCUGUCGUGAAGUAGCGGAGAUGUACGGCUUUAAGAAUGUGGUAACACCGGGUGAUAUCUUCAUGGCCAACCCAUCGAUAUGGCCGUUCUCGAACGUAUUCAGAGAUUACUACGAGAAGUUUGCGAAACCAUUGCCGAACCCUCUGGAUCCUCGAGAUCCUACAAAGGGAUUCAAAAUCGAUGCCAUCUUCGUGUUCAAUGACCCCCGCGACUGGGCCCUGGACGCUCAAGUGAUCAUCGACCUCCUUCUCUCAUCUCAGGGCGUAUUGGGAACCCUGUCGGACAAGAAUGGACGGACCGAUCUUCCCAAUAAGGGAUUCUUGCAAGAUGGCCAGCCCCCUCUAUACUUUUCAAACCCGGAUCUGUGGUGGGCUGCCGCGUACCAUCUCCCUCGUCUCGGCCAAGGCGGAUUCCGCGAAGCACUGGAAGGCACCUGGGCAGCGAUCACAGGUGGACCGAGCAAAGGCGUGGAGCUCAAAAAGACCGUCAUUGGAAAACCGUAUCAAGGCACCUACGAGUUUGCGGAGCACCAACUGCUCCGUAACCGCGCCAGAAUCUUUGGGUCCGAUGCCGCCGUACCGCUGCGGAACGUUUACAUGGUUGGCGAUAACCCCGAAUCCGACAUUCGCGGAGCAAAUUCCUAUCGUAGCGGCCAUGGCAGCAAGUGGCAUUCGAUCCUUGUGCGCACAGGUGUCUACGCCGGGGGAGAGCCUGAGUGGGUUCCAGAGGUCAUUGUCGACAAUGUGCAGACGGCUGUUGAAUAUGGAAUCAAGUCCUCCGCAUGGCAAUGA